AUUUGUGGAAUGGGGACGAAAUACAUAAUAUAUAAUUGCAUUGAAUAAGUAAUGGCGUACGUUCACUUUCAUAUCAACGCCCUGUAUAAGCAAUAAUCGGACAACUGCAAUAGUAAUUAUAGUAUAAUAAUAGCGCAUCGUAUAUAAACAUCGUGUAAGACGGUCGUGGGUGUACCUACGCACAAAAAAGUGUACGCAGUGGCGGAGGCAGCGUGUGUGUGUGUGUGUGUGUGUGUGUGUGUGUGUGUGUGUAAAAAAGAGUAGGGCCGAGGCGGCGGCCGCACUGUACGAACUGGUCCAGCCGGUCGUGACGGCGGUAGCGUAUGCGAGCGCUGUCGAUAGUGAGCGAGAACGACGACGGGGCAGACGUUUCGCCGGCCGUGGAUGCCGGGCGCGCGAACACGGUGUCCCGGUCAGUUGGGUUAGGUUAAGCGAGAAAACCAGUUGGCGCGGCGCUUGCACCACUCUUCGAGCCGCGCAUACGCACGCCAACCGUCACCACUGUCAGGACCACGCCGCCAGCCUAAACACACCACUACUGCGGCACUCUCUCUGCACCGCCCCGUGCGCCACACGGGAUUUUCUCGCACGCCCUCGACAGACACUUCGGACUCAUAAAAUAUAAUAAACGAUCAUAGAGGGACCGUUCGCCGUUUUCGUAGGGAUACAUACGCCACGACGAGUCAAUUACCACGGGUCCACGAACAUUUACGUCCCUUCGUCAUCGCGAAGAAACCGUUUCUUCGCGGCAACGAACGGCCGUAUACAACCGUGUUCAAUUUUUUUAUAUACCAUUAUACGAUAAAAUACAUUUAUAUUAAAGCCGGCCCACCUCCACUACCAAGCUGCAACUGGGCACCGUACUACGCAAGGGAGAAGAAAAUAAAAAUAUCCUGCCGUUCGCUCAACAGGUGUCUGGUAAGUACCCGCGCGUACUAAGAUUGUGUGAUUAGCGUGAACUCUAAUAGCCGCCGUAUACGGUACGCACGACGAGUGUACUGCUAGCGAAACGAACGUGCAUGGCGCGUCUACCAGCCGCGGCGUGGUACCUACUGCCACUGUGCGCUACGGUUGUAGUCGUGGGAACGCUCAAGCAUAAGCAACAACAGCAACAGACGAAAAGAGACAAUCUGUCUUUGUGGAUCGACGAGCAGCAAGUGAAAAUGUACAGUGGUCUUAAAAUGCCAAUAUAUGCAAUUAUGGAAGGUAAAGUCACUCCAUAUAUUUUAGACAAAAAUUUUGAACAGUAUUUGCCCGUUAUUCCAUCAGAAGUGGGUUACGUCAAUUUCACAUGGAUGUCUGGAAACAAGAAAUACUUUUAUGCGUUUGACAUACUGCAAUCAGAUGAUGAAAAUAUACUUGAACCACCCACAGUAACUAUAGAGACCAAAGGACAAAUACCUAGAAGACCCAAAGUAUUUAGGAUCUUGUUACCUUGUUCGGGAAACAAUUCGGGUAUUGCCAGUUUCAGUAUACGACUAAUAAUAAUGAACAGGAAAGGUCGUGCUCUUCCCGAUACACCAUUAAAAGUGAAACUAAGAAAAGAGUGUAUGGUUAGAGGUACAAGUAAAAGUACAAGUCCAGACUCAGAAUGUGAUAAAAAAUGUGAAAACAAUGGUUGGUGCAACGCAGAAAAAAUAUGUCAGUGUCCAGAAGGCUACAUGGGACAAUACUGCAAAACUGCUUUGUGUUAUCCUCAGUGUAUGAAUAACGGUACGUGUGUGGCACCAGGUGUUUGUCGAUGUCCACUAGGUUUUCAAGGGCCACAUUGUGAAGGAGGUAUUUGUACAGAGAAAUGUCUAAAUGGUGGAAAAUGUAUACAAAAAGAUACAUGCCAAUGUCCAAAAGGAUUUUAUGGUUUACGGUGUGAAUAUUCUAAAUGUAUUAUACCAUGUUCAAAUGGUGGCAAAUGUAAAGGAGUUAACAAAUGUAGAUGUGUUUAUGGUUUUAAAGGAGACCAUUGUGAAAUUGGUCAACCUAUGCCACAACAUUUCAACUGUAAGCGGCCAUGCCGUCAGGGCUAUUGUACAGCAAAUGCAACCUGCAGAUGUGAACAAGGAUGGUCAGGGAAAUUUUGUCAGAGAAAAGUACCAAAGCCAAAACAAUAUAAUCAUAGAUCAGAAUAUCAACAUUCUCAUAAAGAAGAUGACGAUGAUGAUAUGGAUGAUAUAGAUUAUGAUGAAGUACCCAAAAGUCACCAUUGAUUAGCACAAUACAUGUAAAAUUUUAUAUGUUUAAAAAAAUAUUACCUAUAGAACUAAUUUAUCUGUGAUUUGUAAAGUAUAAUUAAAUAUUGAAAUGUACAUUCAUUAGAAUUUAAACCGAUGUGAUUAGGUAAGUUUUUAAACACUAAAAUAAUCUAAUGAAAAUAAAGAAACUAUUAAACUAGUCUAAAUAACUAA